UCACGUAGAAGCCCCCAACCUCUGCUGAAUCAAAUCUUCACCCUCCACCUCAAUUUCGCCGAACCCCCCAACACCGGCCGGCGUUUGAACCGUCGCUUAUUCUCGGCGCCUCCGUUGUCCUUCCACCGUGAGAGAGCAUUACAGAGCGGCAGAGCUCAUUUUUUGCGAAGUCGUUUGAAAAUCGGAAUCCCCCCUCCAUCUCCCUUUUGAAUUCUCUGAAGAUUAUAUGCUGCUGCCAUGGAAGUUGCCUCCAAGAAAAUCAUUGCAGUAUGCCAAGCAGGAGGGGAGUUUGUGACAAACAAAGAUGACGGGUCGUUGUCAUACAUUGGGGGCGAGGCCUAUGCAGUGGACGUGGAUGAUCAGACCACUCUGGAUGGUUUCAAGAAAGAGCUGUCGGAGAACUUCCAAUGUGCCACUAAUGGGAUUACAAUUAAGUAUUUUCUCCCUGGGAAUAAGAAGACACUCAUCACUGUCUCCAAAGACAAGGAUCUCAAGCGCAUGCUCAGCUUCUUCAAUGACUCUGAUCAAGUUGAUGUCUUUAUGCUUCCAGAAGAAGCUGCUAUUCGCAACAUGCCUGCCAGCAGGUCAAGCAGGACGACUGUGUCGGAGGCCACCAUGACUCCUCAUACACCUAUGGAUUUAAUCAACCCGGAUGAUCAAAUCAUGGUUGACACUCCCAUUGAUAUCGCUCCCCUCGGUGAUUUCUCCUCUGUCAAUGAUGAUAAGCACCGGAGGGCUGCUAUGCAGUGGGAGAACACCAUCACUGGCGUGGACCAAAGGUUUAGUAGUUUUGCUGAGUUUCGAGAAGCUCUUCACAAAUUCUCAAUAGCCCAUGGGUUCAGUUACAAGUAUAAGAAAAACGACAGUCAUCGUGUCACGGUGAAAUGCAAGGCAGAAGGUUGCCCUUGGCGAGUUUAUGCGUCAAGGUUGGCUACGACUCAGCUAGUGUGUAUUAAGAAAAUGAACUCAACGCAUACGUGUGAAGGGGCUGCCGUGAAAGCUGGGUACCGGGCAACAAAAGGAUGGGUUGGAAAAAUCAUAAAGGAAAAGUUAAAAAUUUCGCCUAAUUACAAGCCGAAGGACAUUGCCUCUGACAUCAAACGUGAAUAUGGCAUUACACUGAACUAUUCUCAGGCAUGGCGGGCAAAGGAGAUUGCAAGAGAACAACUUCAGGGCUCUUAUAAGGAAGCAUACACUCAGAUACCUCUUUUCUGUCAGAAAAUAAAAGAAACGAAUCCUGGCAGUCUGGCAACAUUUGCCACAAAGGAGGACUCAAGCUUCCACCGUUUGUUCAUUGCAUUUCAUGCCUCAAUAUCUGGACGGCUUAUGGUCCAAGAUCUUUAUGCCGCUGCUUAUGCUCCAAAACUGGAGGAGUUUGGCCAAUGUGCUGAAAACAUAAAAGCAAUCUCACCGGAAGCUUACAAUUGGGUGAUGAGAAGCGAGCCGGACCAUUGGGCAAAUGCAUUUUUCGGCGGGGCAAGGUAUGACCAGUUGACUUGUAACUUUGGUCAACCUUUCUAUGACUGGGUGUCCGAGGUGAACGAGCUGCCGAUAACUCAAAUGGUGGAUGUUCUAAGGGGCAAGAUGAUGGAACUGAUGUACACGCGGCGUGUUGAGUCGAGCCAGUGGGUUGAGAAGCUGACACCUUGCAUGGAACACAAACUCCAAAACGAGAUCGCAAAGGCCCAAUCACUUAGGGUUUUAGCCUCUCACGGGAGCGUGUUUGAGGUUCAGGGCGAAACUUUGGAGUCACUAGACAUUGACCACUGGGAUUGUACUUGCAAAGGGUGGCAGCUUAAUGGAAUACCUUGCUGUCAUGCCAUUGCUGUUUUUGAAUACCUUGGUUACAGUCUAUAUGAUUAUUGCUCCCGAUACUUCACCACAGAGUGUUAUCGCUUGACAUAUGCAGAGUCCAUUAACCCUGUUCCUAAUGUGGAGAAACUGGCUCCUGAUGAACAGCAGGCAAUGGCUCUAGUCACUCCUCCCCCGAAUAAACGCCCACCCGGCCGACCCAAGAUGAAACAAGCCGACCCGAUGGACAUAAUCAAACGACAGCUACAGUGUAGCAAAUGCAAGGGCUUAGGCCAUAACAAGAAGACAUGCGGGAAGGUAAACAAUGCAGAGUUACCAAAUGAAGAAGAAUAUCAGCCGGACUCUUUGCUAUUAACAGUUCACAUAACCGAAGAAAAGCCAAAUGGAAGUUCAUGAAAAUCUGCAGAUGCCUUCUCUGUUGACUGUCUGAUACCUCUCCCAUUGGUAAUUCAUAUUCAUAGAGAACUUUAGGUUGAGUUAAAGGUUUUUUCAAUUUUUUUUUUCGGUUUUUUAAUUUUUUUCAGUGGGGUUGAAAUAACGAUUUUGGUAGUUUUUUAAUUCUUUCUUCAGGUAUAUUGUAGUAAUAAUCUUACAGUGGUAAA